AUGAAAAAUGAAGAGAAGGCUUUGUAUGCUUUCCUUACUGGUGGAGCUGGAGUUGGAAAAACUGUACUUGUAAAGUCGAUUUAUCAGGCUCUUAUCCGUCACUUCAACAAACAGCCUGGCAGUAAUCCAGAUGAUCCAAAAGUUUUGUUAGCAGCUCCAACAGGAAAAGCAGCUUUUCUCAUCAAUGGUAAUACCAUCCACAACUUGUUUCAAAUUCCAGCAAGUCAAGGAUUCUCUUACAAACCUCUGAGAAGUGAGCGCCUCAAUACACUACGCUGUAAAUUCCAAAGUACCAAAUUAAUAAUCAUUGAUGAGAUCUCUAUGGUCGGGAACAGAAUGUUACAGUAUAUUCAUCAACGUCUUCAACAAAUAACAGGGACUUCAAAGCUGUUUGGAGGCAUUUCUGUGUUGGCUGUUGGAGACUUGUAUCAACUCAAGCCUGUCUUUGAUGGCUGGAUAUAUGAAAACCUGCGUGAUGAUUAUGGACCUCUCGCAACAAAUCUCUGGAAAGAUAACUUUAAAAUGUAUCACCUACAACAAAUUAUGCGACAGAAAGAGUCCAAAGAAUUUGCUGCUAUUCUAAAUCGUAUUCGGGAGUGCAAACACACAACAGAAGACAUUAACAUCCUAAAAGAAAGAAAAAUUGAAAAAGACGAGACAAAAGAAGAUUACCCAUUAUUGGUUCCUCACAUCUUUCUUCAAAAUAAAGAAGUCAAAAGCUUCAAUUCAAGAAUAUUUAACAUUUCUCAUCAAGACAAGUUUACACAUCAAGCUAGAGACUUUAUGAUAGGUGACAUAGACCAGGAAAUUAAAGAAAAGGUGAAAAAGAGCAUACCAGAUGACACAAACAAGACCAUGGGACUGGAAAAAGUCUUGGAAUUAUUUAAAGGAAUGCGGUGUGAAAUUUCAGUUAAUGUUGACGUCGAGGAUGGAUUAGCAAAUGGUGCAUCUGGAAUUCUUGUGGGUGUCUCGAAGUUCUCUGAUAAUUUUUUAGCAUAUGAUAUCAUGUGGGUACUAUUUAUAUAA